AUGACUGGUGCGUCUAAUUUGGAAAGGAUUUCUUUCCUUUCAAAGGAACGAUCUCCUUCCUUUUUUGAAUCGCACACUUUAAGGAACAUUGAAGGCAAAUCAGUUAUAAAGAAUUUGAAUGGAGACAUACAAAUCUGCCUUCCAUUAGAAGAAGAAUGGAAUAAGGAAGGAAAUAUUCUAGAGGGGUGCAUUUUCGAACAAGUCAAUGAAGGGGAGAAUGACUUGGAUGAUGGGGCGGACUCUAUGGCUGGAUCGGAUAACGGGUUUGAUGGUGGAAAUGGAGCCCUUAUGGAUCACCUUCCCUAUUCUCAACCCACAGGAAAUAACGCCUCUUCUCCUCUAGAGGCUGAAAAUGACACGAAUAGGGCCAUGCACAAGAAGGACUCUUCAAGCCUGAUUUACACUAGACAUGGCAGUGGUGAUCGAGCGAUGGCUUCGAGUAGUCGUGGCGAGCAUCAUGGGACUGGUAGGUGCCAACCAAUGCAAUGGUACAAUAAUGUCAUCUCGUCAUUCAAUUCCCUCGAGAUUAAUGGUGGCACGAUGGUGGUUAAUCAUAAGGAGGUAGUGCAGAUAGACAAAACUCUCUGCGAGAGGGAGGCAUUGGAUCUAGUUCCUGGAAGACAGGGAAAGGGGAAACACCUGGCCAAUACAGAGCAGACUUUGCGAAAGUCUGGCCAUAUUGCUUCAUCAAAAAAUAGUUCUGAAAGACCAAAAAACUGUCCUUUUCGAUUCCAGAGGUUCUGGACAGAACACGAGGGUUUUCUAAAUGCAGUAAAGACCUCCUGGGAGAACGACAUUUCUGGAUCGCCAAUGCUGGUUAUGGCUCAAAAAUUAAAAAGAUUGAAGGUCUUCCUGCACUCCUGGGUGAAAGGAAAUUUUUCAAAUUUUAAUUUGGAGAUGAUGGAGGCAAAAAAAUGCAUGGACGAGAUCCAGACCGAAAUUGACAGAGAUGGGAUAAGCGACUCAAUUUAUGCCAAAGAAGCUGAUGCAAAGACCAGAUACCUGAAGGCCAUGCAAAAUUAUGAGAAAUUGUGGGCUGAAAAAUCUCGUUCUAGAUGGAGGGAUCAAGGAGAUAGAUGCUCAAAAAAUUUUCACAUCUCAGUGAAGAUGCGACGAAUGAAGAACUCCAUUAAAUCUCUGAAGAUGAAUGAAGGGACCUUGAUCUUUGAUAAAGCGCAGAUCAAGGAAUACGUCACAAGAUAUUAUGUGCAUUUUCACAAAGGCGUUCCCCUGACCAGUCACAUGGAUUUAUUGCAAUGCAUUCCAAAUGUAUUGGAAGAAUGGGAUAGAGGUCGAUUAGAUGGUAUUCCCUUUGACACUGAGAUCAAGGGUGCAGUGUGGGAUCUUGAUCCAGAUAGUGCUCUUGGUCCAAAUGGAUUUCCUGGAGCAUUUUAUAAAUCAUGUUGGGACAUCAUAUCUUCAGAUAUCCUUGCAUCUGCCAGAAUAUCAGUUCUGCUAAAUGGUGGCCCUGUUGGAUACUUUGGUGUGGAGAAGGGUCUGAGACAAAGAGAUCCGAUCUCGCCGAUGCUGUUUAUAAUUGCUAAAGAGGUUCUUUGUAGAGGCUUAUCUGAGCUCCUAGCCAACAACAACAUUAAGGCUCUAUCGGGUCCCCGUGGUGCUAUUAUCUCUACCCAUAUUCUAUUUGCCGAUGACGUAUUUAUCUUCUCAAAUGCAUCCAUCAGAAAGCAAGCCAUUGCGGAAGAGCUUGGUAUCUCCAUUUGUAACUUCCCCACCCGCUAUUUGGGGGUCAAGAUCUUUAAGGGAAGGGUGAAAAAGGAGUCGCUAAUCCCCAUUCUGGAUAAAGUUAAAGGGCAGCUAGCAGGAUGGAAAGGAAAGAUUUUGUCCAUAGCUGCACGAGUGGAAUUGGUCCGCUCUGUGAUCUUGGGAAUGAUGAACCAUAGUUCAGCCGUAUAUUGGUGGCCUUCAUCUCUUAUUGCAACAAUGGAGAGGUUAAUGAAGAACUUCAUCUGGACAGGUGAGAUUGAUACUGUAAAAAAAAUAUCAGUCAGAUGGGAUCUGUGUUGUAGGCCUAAGGAUGAAGGUGGGUUGGAGCUGAGAAGGCUCAGAGACAUAAACAAAGCCAUGCUCUGUAAUAUGGUCUGGAGGGUCAAGCAUGAGAAAUCCUUAGCAUGCAAAUUUUUUAGGGCGAGAUUCCUGAGGGGUGAUGGAUCCUUCAAAAAGUCUUAUAAGCCUUCUUCGAUUUGGCCUGGCUUUAGGAAGAUGUGGGAGUUCGUGGCCUCCAAAGAAGCCUGGACGAUUGGAAAUGGGAAAAGCAUUAAUUUCUGGUCGGAUAAAUGGUUGGGUGGAAAAUCCAUCCUAGAGCUAGUUGGCCUGGAGGGAGAGUCGAGUCUUCACUGCAAGGGAAAGGUCAGUGACUUCAUUGACAAUUUCAAAUGGAAAUCACCAAAUGUUAUCUCCCCUUUGCUGCAUGAUAUUUUUGAGAAAAUUCAAACUAUUAAAAUUCCCUCUUAUACCUGUGAAGAUAUGUGCCUGUGGAGUCUAUCUUCUGAUGGGAUUUUCAACUCUAAUUCUGCCUGGGAAGAUAUUAGGAUCCGCAACCUGAAAGUGCCAUGGUUCUCUCUGAUUUGGGGCAAAAAGGUGCAGCCCAGGGUGUCUAUCUUUGGUUGGAGAAUGGUGCACGACAAGCUCCCUACAGAUGACGCUGUUCAGAAGAGGGGCAUAGCCCUUGUCUCUAAAUGCAGCUUAUGUGGAAUGGAGGCUGAGACUGUAUAUUGA